GUUAUAAGCUAUAAUUCUUCACCGUCUUCCACCUUGUCUGCUGGGAUUAACAAAUCUACGUCUACUUUUCAUCUACGAUUCACACCAGGAAAUUGAGACUCAGAUCUUCUGAAACCAAAGAAACCCAAAAAAUCGAAGUACCCACCACAUGCUCGAUUCAACACCUCAAAGAAGUUGUCGCUCAGAGACUCCCUUCUUCAUCUUCUUCUGCGACAGCUUCUGUACACCUCUCUCUCAAUCGCAAGGAUGAGCUUCUCGGUUCUUCGCCUCAGGACUCUCUCCAAGCUCUAGGUAUUACCUCAGGUGAUCUCAUCUUCCUCACUCUCGAUCCUAAUUGUUUUUCCUCCGAAACCCUAAUUGUCCAAUCUAAUAGUUCACAAUCUCAGAAUUGUCAAAAAGCCCCAACCCUAGAACCCAGUUCUCAGAAAGAACGAAAUUUGGAUACCCAGAAGGCAGAAACCCUAGAUUCUGAAUCUGUGAAGACUGAAACUCGAGAAUUAGAUACCCACAGAAGAAAAAACGCUAGGUUUAGAUUCCCAGAUGGAUGAUGGUGGUGAUGAGUCUAUGGUACAUGUGGGGAAGUCGUUUUCUGUGCCUGGUUUUCUGAGGAAAGUGUUCCGGAAGGAGGUGGGUGAAGGGGAUGGUGGUGAUCACAAGCUGUUAGUUAUUGCUGUCCAUGCUGUUCUGAUAGAGUCUGGCUUUGUUGGGUUUGACUCCGUUUCGAGGAGGAAGCUUGAAGGGUUUCAUCUUCCAGAUGAAUGGCCUUCAUUGCAAUUCACUAUGUCUCUGCAGUACACUCUUCCUGAGAUCAUUAAGCAAGGUCCUAUUACAAUUAAUGGGGUUGAAACAGUGAAAUUGAAGUUUCAGAGUUUGGGAAAGUUUGUUAAUGUGUAUGGAUCUUUAGCUAAGAAUGGUUCCGGGCCGUAUGGGGUGCGCUUGGAUGAGGACCAUUUUGUUUUCUUCUUGAACCUUAUAUGGGCGAAUUGUGAUUCGAUUGAUGAGAUGAAUGGAAAAGACGGCUUCUCUAAUUUACAAGCUGCGAGGGAAGUUUUUGAAUUUUGGAAGACUGUAAAGGAUAAGCUUGCAUUGCCCCUCUUAAUAGAUUUAUGUGAGAGGGCUGGUUUGGCUCCUCCACCAUGCUUUAUGCGCCUCCCAACCGACCUGAAACUUAAGAUUUUGGAGUCUCUUUGUGGUGUUGAUGUUGCUAAAGUGGGAUCUGUUUGUUCUGAGUUGCGUUAUUUGUCAUCUAAUGAUGAUUUAUGGAGGCGUAAGUUUGUGGAGCAGUUUGGCAACGUGGAGGGAUCUCAGGGAGGGAGCCACUGGAAAGAGAAGUUUGCGAAGUCUUGGGAGACUAGAAAGAGGAGGAAGAAAGCUAUGUGGGAGAGGCCCCGUGUGAGAGGAGAGCCUUGGCCAUUUCGAGUUGGGAUACCAAGAAUCAUCAGAGACCCUCAUCCUCUCAGGGUUCCAAGAAUCAUAGGUGGAGAUCAUGACAUAGGGCCAGAUUUCCCAUUUGGGCAGUCUCUUCGAACAAAUGCUCGUCGGAAUGUCAUGCCUCACUGUAGUCUGUUUGGACAUCGCACCUAGUCAGCAACUUUAGUUUCUCGUUGGCUAUCCUUGUCUUGUUGGAGGUAGUUUUUAUGGGUUUAAUAAGCUUAUGCAUUUAUCUGUGAGUGCUUUGGUAGAUCUCCUAGAAGUUUGUAAAUAAAAGUAUUUAUCAGUGACUUGGAAAUGUUUAUAUGAAUACUGUUUUUCGUGCCUCUUUGACAGGUUUAAGUUUUGGAUUUGUUGUGUUGCUA